AUGGCUGUUCGUAUCUAUCUAUCUAUCUAUCUAUCUAUCUAUCUAUCUAUCCAUCCUAGUCUGCACAUAUCUAUCUUUCUGUUAUGGCCCCUAACAGGCCACAACACUUCAUUAUCUAUCUAUCUAUCUAUCUAUCUAUCUAUCUAUCUAUCUAUCUAUCUAUCUAUCUAUCUAUCUAUCUAUCUAAUUCUGUUCAUAUCUAUCACUAUAUGUUCCUUAUGUAUCUCAGUCCGUUCAUAUCUAUCUAUCUAUCUAUCUAUCUAUCUAUCUAUCUAUCUAUCUAAUUAUGUUCAUAUCUAUCACUAUAUGUUCCUUAUGUAUCUCAGUCCGUUCAUAUCUAUCUAUCUAUCUAUCUAUCUAUCUAUCUAUCUAUCUAUCUAUCUAUCUAUCUCAAUUAAUGCUUUUCAAUAUUACUCUUUCUUCAUUCCUUCCAUUCUUUCUUUCUUUCUUUCUUUUUUUCUUUCUUUCUUUAUUCGUUCGUCUGUAAAUUCGUUCGUUCGUGCGUUCCUUUUUGGGUUUUUUUUCUUUUUUCUGUGUUCGUUCGUUUAUUCGUUGGUUCGUUCCUUCUCUUUCUCUCUUUAUUCUUUCGUACGUAAAUUCGUUCUUUCUUUCCUUUUCUUUGUUUCGUUUCUUCCUUGCUGUACUUUCUUUCUUUCUUUAUUCUUUCUUUCUUUCAUUCGUUCAUUCGUUUGUUCUUCAUUUCUUCCUUUUCUUUCUUUAAUUUUCUUUCUUUGUUCGUUCUUUCCUCAUCUUUCUUUUUUCUUUCUUUCUUCGUUCGUUCUUUCUCUUUCUUUCUUUCUUUUCUUUCUUUUUUCGUUCUUUCUUCGUUCUGUCGCCCUUUUUCUGACUUUUUUUCUUUCUAUGUUUGUUCCUUUUCUUUCUUUCUUUCUUUCUUUCUUUCUUUCUUUCUUUCUUCGAUUGUUCUUUCUUUUUCUUUCAUUUUUCUUUCGUUCUUUCCUUUUCUUUCUUUCUUCGUUCGUUCUUUCCUUUUCUUUUUUCUUUCUUUAUUUGUUCGUUCGUUUCUUUUUCUUUCUUCUUUUCUUUUGUUCGUUCGUUCUUGUUGUUUCUUUUCUUCUUUGUUCCUUCGUUUGUUCUUUCCUUUUCAUCAUUUUUUCUUUCUUUUUCUUUCAUUCAUUCUUUCUUUAUUUCUUUCUUUCUUUGUGUUGUAUAUAUUUGCCUAUCACAAUCGGUUAUAACCUCUGUUUUCUAUCUAUCUAUCUAUCUAUCUAUCUAUCUAUCUAUCUAUCUAUCUAUCUAUCUGUGUGGGUCUGCAUUUGA